AUGAAGGCGACGGCGCCGCCGGCGAAGCGGCGGAGGGGCCCGCGGCUGGCGGUGCUGGCGCUCGUGUUCUGUUCGCUGCUCGUGCCGAUCGCCUUCCUCUUCAACCGCUUCCCCGCCGUGUAUGUGACGGAUGAGCGCCCUCAGCAGGAGAUUAACUUGCCUUCAUUCGAUCCCAUUGAAAGCGGUGGCUCUGUAAAUGAAGAUGUGUCCAAGAAGUCUUCCGGGAGCAGUAGUGUGUUGCACCGUGGUAUUGAUAGUGACCCUUCCAUAGUUAGCCCUAAACCAAAAGCUGUAGUUUUCCCCCCUCCAAAAAUUCAACAAGAAGUCCUCCCCCCUCCAAAAGUUGAACCCAAACCAGAAGUGAAGCCAGUACCAGUACCAGUUCCAGUUCAUCACAACAAAAAUAUUAACCUUGACAACAAGAGGCCUCCCAGAGUUCAAAGUGCUGAUGAGGUGGAAAAGGCUAAGGCUUGUCAACUUGAGUUUGGGAGUUACUGUCUCUGGUCCAUAGAGCACAAAGAAGUUAUGAUAGAUGCCAUUGUGAAAAGGCUGAAAGAUCAGCUAUUUGUAGCCCGAUCUUACUACCCAAGCAUUGCGAAACUUAAAGGAAAGGAGACAUUGACUCGUGAACUGAAGCAAAAUAUUCAAGAGCACGAAAGGGUUCUUAGUGAAUCCAUCGUUGAUGCUGAUCUGCCAUCCUUUAUAAAAACGAAGAUAGAGAGGAUGGACCAAUCAAUAGCACGAGCCAAAUCAUGCACCGUGGAUUGUAACAAUGUUGACAGAAAGCUUCGUCAAAUUCUUCAUAUGACAGAGGAUGAAGCUCAUUUUCAUAUGAAGCAGAGUGCAUACCUAUACAACCUUGGUGUUCACACCAUGCCUAAAAGUCAUCAUUGUCUUAAUAUGAGGUUGACAGUAGAGUACUUUAAAUCCAUGCCAUUGGAUCCAAAUGACUCUUCUGCCCAUAAGUUUAACAUUCCAGACAAUAGGCACUAUGUUAUAUUGUCUAAAAAUGUCCUUGCUGCUUCUGUUGUCAUCAACUCAACUGUUAGUAGCUCUGAGGAUACUGAAAAUGUAGUCUUCCAUGUACUAACUGAUGCUCAAAAUUUUUAUGCCAUGAAGCAGUGGUUUGCAAGAAACUCCUAUAGGGAAUCAGCUGUCAAUGUCAUAAAUUAUGAACAAAUUAUUUUCGAGAAUUUCCCUGAGUUUGGAACCCAGCAGUUAUAUUUGCCUGAGGAAUUUCGUGUUUUCAUCAGUAGCCUUGAGCGGCCUACUGAGAAGAGUAGAAUGGAGUAUUUAUCAGUGUUCAGUCACUCACAUUUCUUUCUUGCCGAAAUAUUCAAAGAUUUAAAGAAGGUAAUUGUGUUGGAUGAUGAUGUGGUUGUUCAACGUGAUAUCUCUUUCUUGUGGAAUGUUGAUAUGGGAGAUAAGGUCAAUGGUGCUGUCAGAUUUUGUGGUUUGAAACUUGGCCAACUGAGGAACCUUCUGGGUAGGACAAUGUACAAUCAACAGUCAUGUGCAUGGAUGUCUGGGGUUAAUGUGAUUGAUUUGGACAAAUGGAGAGAUCAUAAUGUUACAGAGAAUUACCUGCAACUCCUGAGAAAGUUUGGGAACAAUGAUGACGAGGCCUCACUGCGAGCUUCAGCUUUGCCUAUAAGUUUGUUGUCGUUUCAGCAUCUUCUAUAUCCACUUGAUGAGAGGUUGACUUUAUCUGGACUUGGAUAUGACUAUGGAAUUAAAGAAGAAGUUGUUCAGAGUUCUGCGUCAUUGCAUUACAAUGGAAAUAUGAAACCUUGGCUUGAGUUGGGUAUACCAGAUUAUAGGAAGUACUGGAAGAGGUUUCUUACACGAGACGAGAGAUUCAUGGAUGAGUGCAAUUUACUGGAGUUUAGUGUUAAGUUCGAAGGAUAA